UCUGAAAUUCUGCCGAAAAGGCCACCACCACCAGCACCACCUCCGGGUCUCCUCCGCUCCAUCUUAAGCCUUCUAGACCACUACCACCACCACCUUUCCUUUCAUGUUCUUAUCUCACCGCAGUCGGACAAACCUCACGUCGCCUUAACAUCUGUCGCAAUUUCCCCCCAACGAAUCAUCAAUAGACCGGUUGAUUGCCUUUCCCAUCAAAAUUCGCAAAAAUGGCCGAGAAGGAGUACACGUAUCAGGAUGUUGCUGAGCACAACACCAAGAAGGACCUCUUCAUGGUCAUACAUGACAAGAUCUACGAUACGACGAAGUUUGUUGACGAGCAUCCCGGUGGUGAGGAAGUCAUGCUAGACGUCGGUGGUCAGGACGCAACAGAGGCAUUCGAGGACGUCGGUCACAGUGACGAGGCGCGGGAAACCCUGGAGACGUUGCUUGUCGGCAGCCUAAAGAGACAGCCCGGCGACCCUGAGCCCAAGGCAUCUCAACCCUCCCUGUCACCUUCCGCGAACACGAGCACGGCCGGCCUGGGUACAGCUUUGUACGCCGCCGUCUUCAUCGGUGGUCUUGCCGCCUAUGGUACCUACCAGUAUAUGCAAGCUCAGAAGGAGGCUCAGAACUAAGAAAGAAAUUACGUGAUGGCCAUCCGGAAUGCGACAUACGAAGACUCAAGGACUUGGUGGUGGCGGGAUGGGAUUCAAUU